UGGAACCCAUGAUUUGUGUGCAGCAAAGGAGGUCUAUCAGAGCCUGGUGAAUGUCAGUGUUUAUCUCCAUGAACUCCAGCGCACUAAACCUCAGCCAAAAUGGAGGCCAUCAAAAAGAAGAUGCUGAUGUUGAAGCUGGACAAGGAGAAUGCACUGGACCAGGCUGAACAAGCUGAAGCAGACAAGAAAGCAGCUGAAGACAGAAGUAAGCAGCAUGAAGAUGAACUUUUGCAAAUGCAAAAGAAGCUGAAGGGGACAGAAGAUGAGCUUGACAAAUACUCCGAGGCCCUGAAGGAUGCUCAGGAGAAGCUUGAGGUGGCUGAUAAGAAGGCUGCUGAUGCUGAAGCAGAAGUGGCUUCCCUGAACAGACGUAUCCAGCUGGUGGAGGAGGAGCUGGACCGAGCUCAGGAAAGACUGGCUACAGCUCUGCAGAAGCUGGAGGAGGCUGAGAAGGCUGCUGAUGAGAGCGAGAGAGGUAUGAAGGUGAUUGAGAACAGGGCGCUAAAGGAUGAGGAGAAGCUGGAGCUCCAGGAGAUUCAGCUGAAGGAAGCUAAACACAUUGCAGAGGAGGCAGACCGUAAAUAUGAGGAGGUGGCUCGUAAGCUGGUGAUUGUAGAAGGAGAGCUUGAACGUACAGAGGAGAGGGCAGAGUUGGCUGAGGCUAAAUGUGCUGAACUGGAGGAGGAGCUGAAGAAUGUCACCAAUAACCUGAAGUCUCUGGAGGCUCAGGCUGAGAAGUACUCACAAAAGGAGGACAAGUACGAGGAAGAGAUCAAGAUCUUGACUGACAAGCUGAAAGAGGCUGAGACCCGAGCUGAAUUUGCUGAGAGAUCUGUGGCCAAGCUGGAAAAGACUAUUGAUGAUCUGGAAGAUGAACUGUAUGCACAGAAACUCAAGUACAAAGCCAUCAGUGAGGAACUGGACCAUGCCCUCAAUGACAUUACUUCUAUCUAAAUGUCCUGGAGCUCCACCAUCUUGUCUGGUUACGGUUUCAAGACUCAACCUUUUACUGCUGAACAUCAUGUUUUUUGUGUCAACCAGCAUUUCAAGUGCUGAAAUAUGUAUAUGCCUGUUGUAUUGUUUCUCUCAGUGUAUAUGCUGAACUUGCUCCUCUCUGGUCAUUUAAUGUUUUCUCUCUUCAUUGAACCUUUAUAUCCAUUCUGUUCUGUACCAGUGUUAAACACAGAGGGAAGAAAUGCUUCUGUGUCCAUGGCUGUUUUUGUUACACUCAAGUUCUUUUUACAGUAUGGGCCCUUUUCACAUGGCAUCACUUCCACUGGUCAGUGCAAUCGUUUAGUUCAUACAGUCUAAAGCAGAUGCCAGACAAUGAUAAUGAUGUUUACCGGUCAGGCUUCCCCUUUAAGAGCUUAUAGUUAACAUGACUGUGGCAUGGGAAACGGUGCUAUCUAUUUUGGGGAAGUGCAGUAAUGUACAUGCAUCUAAGGGUAGAAAAAGUUACAUUAGUUAACUUUAAAAAAAGCACCCAGUUAAACUUGCAGUGUGGUAUAAGAAGCAUAGAGGGAAAAUAUUAUGUUUGCUGAGACAAGGCAAAAUAAAAUCCCUGUUCGUGCAAAGUUAUUUCCGUCUCCCUCCUCACAACCACCUAGCCCUGGGCCGCUAAGGCUAGCUAACAUAAAGUAACAUAAAUGCCAGAGGGCUCCCAACCUCUGUUCAGAACUGAAGGCAUGCAAAGGUGAUAACUGACAUCUCAGUCCAAACCUGACCAAGGAUGUAAGUGUGUGGAUACUGAGUCAACACCAUUUAUUUUGUACCAUUGAUUAAGCACAUUAACGAGUUUGCAUUGUUUUCAAUAUUUGUACAUUAUUCACACAAUAAUAAGUGAUUUUCAUUUGCAUAAGAUUUAAAUUGACCUUAGACAGAAAAAUAAAACACCUGCUACCUUCAUGUCACAUCUGGACCACCUCACCUCAGGAUAACACAAGGAUGAUGCAUGAUUCACACCGAUAAAAUGUAAAACAAUGCCCUAAACAGGGCCGGGCUAGGACCAUUGAUUAAGCACAUUAAUGGUCAUAGCCAGGAGAGUUCAUCUCCCCCGUCAAAACCACCAGUGCAUCCCCACAGAGACCCCCCACCAUCGCACCAAGGAGACCUCCUCCUCCUCCAAAGAAGACUGACCCAUCCAGCCUGACCGAGCUCAAGCCUCCACCUGCUCUAAAAGAAGCCCAGGAUGUUCCAAAGGCUGGACCACCACAGCUAAGCAGACCCCCCACCCCCUAAACCCUAUGGGUCUGUUC